UCCUCAGCCAAUCCUGCCCCUAGUUGCUCUCCGGUCCAGUCUGUUUGAUGACGCUUUUUACGUCACUGGCUCCAAAAAAAUCCAAAACGGCGACCAGGAAGUAGCAAAAUCCGGGCUUCAUUUUCUCGGCGUUGAAACCAACGGGUGACGUCACGGUUAGUUUACGCCUGGGAUUCAGCCGUACUCUUCAUAUCUAUGGAGUGUUCCCCCACAUUGCGUUCUCAGUCUGCUGUGUCCAGUUGCCGUGUCCUCCAGUAGGGGGCGCUGCGGCCUGUUUUCAUGACGUCAUAUUUCAGCGUCGAAUAAGAAAGAAGGAAAACAACAUGGCGGCGCCCACGGAGCACGUUGAGGUCUCGUCCACGGAGGAAAAAAACAAACCGGAAUCUCCAGAAACCUCCACGGACUCAGAACCGGCAGCUCCGGAACCAGAUCGGGAUCCGGACUCAGAUGAGGAUUCCGACGGGGCCGAACCUCCCGGGCCGAAGCUCCGGGACACUCCGGAGGACAUCCGGCUGGAGGCGGCGGCCAACACCGUGGCUCUGCAUCCCACCCGGGACAUGCUGGUGUGCGGGGACGUGGACGGGGACGUGUACGCCUUCUCCUACUCGUGCACGGAGGGAGAGAACCGGGAGCUGUGGUCGUCCGGACACCACCUGAAGUCCUGCCGCCAGGUGCGCUUCUCCGAGGACGGCCGGAAACUGUUCAGCGUGUCCCGGGACAAGGCGGUCCACUUGCUGGACGUGGAGCGGGGACAGCUGGAGACACGGAUCCGGGGGGCCCACGGAGCCCCGAUCAACAGCCUGCUGCUGGUGGACGAGAACAUCGUGGCGACUGGAGACGACGGAGGAACCCUGAAGGUGUGGGACAUGAGGAAGGGGACAUCCAUCAUGGACCUGAAGCACCAUGAGGACUACAUCAGUGACAUCACCGUGGACCAGGCCAAGAGGAUCCUCCUCACAGCCAGCGGUGACGGGACGAUGGGCAUCUUCAACAUCAAGCGGCGUCGCUUCGAGCUGCUGUCUGAGUACCAGAGUGGAGACCUGACCUCGGUGGCCAUCAUGAAGCGAGGGAAGAAGGUGGUCUGCGGCUCCAGCGAGGGAACCGUCUACGUCUUCAACUGGAACGGCUUCGGGGCCACCAGCGACCGCUUCGCCGUCAAAGCCGAGUCCGUGGACUGCAUCGUUCCCGUCACCGACAGCAUCAUGGUCACCGCCUCCAUGGACGGAUACAUCCGCGCCAUCAACCUGCUUCCUAACCGGGUCAUCGGCUGCAUCGGCCAGCACGUCGGCGAACCCAUUGAGGAACUCGCCAAGUCCAGAGACUCACGCUUCCUGGUCAGCUGUGGACACGACCAGCUGAUCAAGUUCUGGGACAUCUCCAGUUUACCCAACGCCAAGGUCCAGGAGUACCGCAAGAGGAAGAGGAAGGACGGCCGGAUGAAGUCGCUCACCAAGAAGGCGCUCGGAGACAACGACUUCUUUUCCGGACUGGUGGAGGAACCCGAGAAGAAGGAGGAUGAGGAGGAAGAUGAGGAGGAGGAGGAGGAAAGUGACAGCGACAGCGAUUGAAACUCUGGUUCUUGUGACUUUAAAGACCUAAAAACAUCGCUGCUGUUUGGUCAAAGUGCCUCUAGUUGUCUGGACCAUCAACAUCGACGUGGAGGUCACUGAAGGUACCAACUCCUCAAAGUGUUGGACAAGAAACAAACCACCGCUGGAACCUUUGGAGUCAACAAUGAGGAGGAAUGUUCAGAAAUAUCCAUGAAUCCUGACUGUUGAUGAGCUACAUGGUGUUGGACUUCUGCCAAUGGUGGAAAAUGUUUUUUUUCUAUAGAACUUGAAUAUUUAGCGUGUAUUAACGCUAAGGGGCAGAAAUAAAGACAUUCUGGUGAUA